UGUCCUUGGCUCACCCACCUGAGGUGCAGUCUGUGCGCAGAAGAAGGUUUCGUGACGUGUUUUGUUUUGUUUCUGUCCUCCAGACGCCGAAUUUGGGAGAAAUGUGCAUUUUGGAGGCUUCUUAACGAUACCGGGAUUUGAAGGGACCCGUAGGCCGUUUCGGGAAGAUGCCGUUCGGUGUGGAAGUGGAUAAAAAGACGCUUGCAGCGGUGGGGGUGGGCGUGUUGGUGGGCGCAGGAUCGGCCAUGGUUUUCUCCUACCUCGCCCGGAUGAGAACCAACCCCCCGCACGCCUUGCACGAGCGGCCCGCCACCGUGAGGGACCUGGCCAUGCUGCAGGACACCGUGGAGAAGCUGAAGGAGGAGGUGGUGGGGCUGCGGGAGAAGUUAGCGACGUCGUCGGGAGGGAGGCGGAGGCGCGCCCGAGAGAACUCCGGCUACGCCUCGGUGACGAGCGCGUCCGAGUACAUGUCCGUGACAAGUGGGGAUGAUGAUGAGGAUGAAGGAGGCUUCCAGAGUUUGGGGCCAGAAGCCAGAAGAGACCUUCUCUGUUUUGUUGCAUGCAGACUGUUAGAAGAAGCAGCAGCCUUGGGUAAUGUGUACAGUGCCAUAAAGUGGGCCAGUUGUCAGGACCUCAGGUACAUGACGCCGCCUGAUACUGACACGGAUGUUGCAGCGGUGACGUUUGAUGAGGGCGCGUUGCAAUUGACGGCGCUCGAGGCCAGUCUGGUUCGCGUCGACACCCUCCAUAACGGCAGUCUGCAGAACAAGGAGGAGGCCUACAACAUGCUGGUGCAGCUGAAGGAGAAGCACGGUGGCAGUGCUGAAGUUCUGUGGAGACUUUCCAGGUCCAUGAUGGCCAAGUUUGACGGAGAAGCCGACCCACAGAAAAGACAGGAUCUCUGUUUCCAAGCUAAAGGUCUGGCUGAGGUAGCUUUGGCCAUCGAUGCAAACAGUGCCGAUGCUCACAAAUGGUUUGCCAUUGCUCUAGGGUCCUGCAGUGAGUUCCUGUCUGUACAGGACAAGAUCAAGGAUGGGUACAAGUUCAAGGAGCACAUCGAGAGAGCACUGGAGCUGCGACCUAACGAUGCCACGGUACAUCAUCUGCUCGGGAGGUGGUGUUAUGAGGUCACCAUGUUGAGUUGGGUUGAGAGAAAAGUGGCGUCCGCGCUGUUUGCUGCUCCUCCAAACUCCUCGGUGGACGAGGCAUUGGAGCACUUCCUGGAGGCAGAGGACAUAGAGCCAGGUUUCUACAAGGCUAACUCUCUCUACAUCGCUAAGUGUUAUAUCCAGAACAGUGACUACUGCAAUGCCACCUUGUGGUUAGAAAAGGCACUGCAGCAACCCAUCAAUGAUGAAGAGGACCGUACCACCCAGACAGAGGUGACACAACUACUACAAAAAUACAAGCCCUGGUAGCCCAGUCCCCCAUCCUCUGCUGUAGUAUCUCCCACCCCUUUUUCUCCCAUGAUAGCUCCCCUUGUCACAGUACACCCCAUUUUACCUCUGUCACGGUGGCCACCCCACACACCCUCCUGACAGUAGUACCACCCCCUUUUGCCAUGUCGUAUCAGCUGGGCUGGAUAUGACUUUCACAUGACCUUCUCAUCUCUGUUGCUUGUGUAGCUCUUAUGAAAUCCCCCUCCAACCAUUUAGAAAAUGUUGUGUAACUACAUGUCAUAGCAUGUAGAACACUGUACCUAAAGCACAUAAAGAUUGAGGCUGUGCAGCGAGGAUUAUAUUGAUGACAUUGAUAGCUUCUAUACGAAUGUAGGAUCCAUAUAAAAUGUCAACAUGGUUUAUUGUUAAAAGGGCAAAAAUGUACUUUUGAACUUGAAGAACAAAGGCGCUGUUUCUUGCCAUGAACAUAUAAACAGGAGCUGUUAGUAUCUUCCAGAUACAUCUGGAGGGGAGGGGGCAAAAAUUAUUUGAUGUGUGCUAGAUUUCUUUUCUCGUGACGUGUAUUUUAUUAAAGGAGUGUGGGAGUACGUGGAGCAGAGUAACACAAAAUGUGUGAGUUCAAUGCAAAUGAUGUAGUAUUUUGUCUGUGUUAUGUGGUAAGAUUGACACAAAUGUACAACUGCUCAAUUACUGAAUUUUUAUGUGUUUUAUUGAUGAAAAUGGGAUUUUUGAGACUUGACAUCAGUGUGAACAAGAGAAGAUAACUGAAAUUGUUGCUACUGAAAUUUUAAUUAAAUGAUGCCACGUAAGUUGUGAAUGAAUAUAAAAGACUGUUGCCAAAUUGUUAUUAGUAUACAGAAGUGUUGAAUUGCAGUACCAGAAGUUAUUUAUGAACCAAAGUGGAUACUAGUGAUGUGUUAAAAUCUGAGUUGUACACAUUCCAGUGUAGUCCGUAUGAAUGUAAAGUAGUUACUAAAAACCGAGAGACUUGUACAUUCUGAAAUGUUGUAAAAAGAAGUUGUUUGAAUCUGAACACCCUGGGGUACUUGCCAUAUUCAGCCUGUGAAAGUUCAAUAAAACAAAAUGUGAAAGACAAAA